ACAGCGGAGGAACCAUGUGGAUGGCGUCGCUGUGACUUCUUAGAGGAGUUGAUGGGCCUGUUGUAGAUUACAUUUUUAGGACACAAUGAACUUAAUGUUUCUUGACAGUAUUAGUACAGUGUAUGAAGGGUUAGUGUUACUUUUUUGACCUGAUUCACAAACUGUACGUGUCGCUGAAUAAUGGGGAAAUCAAAGACCAAGAACCAGAAGAAAUCUCGAGCAACAGCCAACCAUGUGGCCGAGGAGACGUACGGAGCGGUGCCCCACUCCUUCGUGUUUAAUCGCGGCCAGGUUGGCAAAAACGUGGCUCAGCUCAUCCUGGAUGUACGGACAGUCAUGGAGCCCUACACCGCAGAGGCCCUCAAGGUCAGGAAAAAGAACGUGUUGAAAGACUUUGUGGCAAUCGCAGGACCACUGGGAGUGACACACUUCAUGAUCUUCAGCAAGACACCCAGUAGUAUCAACAUGAGACUUGCUCGACUUCCUAAAGGCCCCAUGCUACAUUUCAAAGUGGUCAAGUACACUCUCGUCAAAGAUGUGGUUUCAUCGCUGAAGAAGCACCGGAUGCACGAGCAGCAGUUCACACGUCAUCCGCUACUCAUCCUCAAUAACUUUGGAUCUGAUGGCAUGCAGGUCAAACUAAUGGCCACCAUGUUUCAAAACAUGUUUCCCUCCAUAAAUGUGCACAAGGUAAGCCUCAACAACAUAAAGAGGUGUGUGCUGCUGAAUUACAACCCAACAACACAGGAAAUAGAAUUUCGACAUUACAGCCUGAAGGUGGUCCCUGUGGGCAUGAGCAAAGGAGUGAAGAAGCUGAUGCAGGAGAGGUUCCCCAACAUGAGCAAGUUAGAGGAUAUCAGUGAGCUGCUGAUGAAGGGGGCGAACCUCUCAGAAAGUGAAGCAGAACAAGACGGGGAGCACAACAUAACUGAGCUGCCGCAGGUCUACUCUGGCCGAGGGAACAUGGCGUCUCAACAGAGUGCUGUCCGCUUGACCGAGAUCGGUCCUCGCAUGACUCUGCAGCUGACGAAGAUACAAGAAGGCAUGGGAGAGGGGAAUAUCCUCUACCAUGCUAUCACCUCCAAGACAGAGGAGGAAAUCCAGGCGAUACUGAAGAGAAAGGAGGCCCAGCUGAAAGAGAAGGAGGAUCGCCGGAAAAAACAGGAGCAGAACGUCUCUCAGAAGAAGGAUAAACGAGAAGAGAACAAGAAAAAGAGCCUUGAAGGUAUCAAGAAGAAGCGUGAGGCUGAAGAGGAGGACGACAGUGAAGUGGAGGAUCCAGGGCUGCAAGACGAUCAGUUAAAUGCAGCUGAAUCUGAUGAUGAAGCAGAGUACUACAGACAGGCUGUAGGAGAGGAGCCAGACGAAGAUAUGUUCCCUGCGGCCAAGAGGAGACGAGGCCCACCAAAGUCUCAUGCACCUGACAAGAAGAGGAAAAUGUCCCCUGGUAAAUCACCAAGAGAAGACAGAGGUUCUAAAUCACCAAGGAGAGACAAAAUGGGAAAAGAUCAACAAAGAAAAGGAUGGAAGACGUCCGGGGACAGGGACAAACCAUUUGGAAAGAAAAUGAAUCCCAGAGGCAAAGCAUUUGGAGGAAAGAAGCCUGGUGAUCGGGAAAAUAAAUUUGGUGGGAAGAAGAAAUUUGAAGGGAAAACGUUUGGUGGGAAGAAGAAAUUUGAAGGGAAAACGUUUGGUGGGAAGAAGAAAUUUGAAGGGAAAACGUUUGGUGGGAAGAAAAAUAAAGACUUCAGAUCAAAGGAUCAGAAAGGCAAGCCGGGCUUCAAGAAGAGAGGUGCAGGAGCCAAGCAAAGCUUCAAACAGAGGAAGGGAAAAGUUAUCACACAGGAAAUGAGCAGUUGUACAGAUUACAAGCUACUUCAGGGGCCAAAGCAACACAAGUCUGACUUUCGUUCAGCUGAAAGCAAGAUGAAUAUCCGUGAGUGUGAGAACUUUCAAAUCGCCCUGCUGCCCUCAAUGUAUGGGGUCGAGUUCAUUGUGGCCCUGGCAGGAAACCUGUUCGCCCUUUGGCUGCUGGUGACCAGAGAAAGGAGGAACUGGCACACUGGUGUUGUGCUGUCUUGUAACCUGGCCAUCAGUGACCUGCUGUAUGUCCUGACGCUGCCUUUGCUGAUCGUCUACUACGCAAAGCAGAAAGACUGGUCGUUUGGCAAUGUUGCGUGUAAAACUGAGAGGUUCCUCUUCACCUGCAACCUAUACGCGAGCAUCUUCUUUGUCAUGGCGAUAAGUGUGAACCGCUGUGUGGCCCUGGCGUGGCCCCUCUUUACCCGAAGCUACGUGGAGCCUGCCCACGCCAAGGCCGUCAGUGUCAUCAUCUGGAUCAUUGUAGGAGUCAUUUCCUGCCCUGUGUUGAAUUUUGCCGAAGUUUGCACAGGAACGUAUUCAACAUCUAGCACAGAUUCUGGAAAUGGAACCAAAAACAACAGGACUAUGUGUGUGUCAAUCUGUCAUCUGCAUGCCAACGAAAUCCCCAACUUCACUUACAACAUGUUUCUGGCUAUAUUUGGUUGUCUAGUUCCCUUCUUGGUUACUUUCACUUCUUACUGUGUAGUGAUUUGGGUGGUGUGGAAAAAUGUCAGUAUAACCCCACUAGAGAAACGCAAAGUAGCCUUGUUAGUUAUAUCAGUGGUUGUGCUGUAUGCUGUUUCCUUUGUGCCUUACCACAUCUUUCAUAUCUACAACUUGUAUCUGAGAAUCUAUCACAAAAAGACUGUCUGUUGGGUCUACGACAUGUACCAAGUGUCCAAGGGACUGGCAACUCUGAACAUGUGUAUCCAUCCAAUCCUUUAUAUGGCUGUGUUUGACAGUAUUAGAGUGGCUUGUUGUGGGAAGAGUCUUAGGGACAACAGAGGAGUUGCAAGAGAGUAGACAUUUCUGUGAAAUAAGCCACUGUUUCAUGCUGUAAAAUUUAAGCAAAUAUAAUCCUAACAGAUGAAUUUUCUCUUACUCUUAUUUCUUGACUUGCUUCUUUUAUAAGUUUUGUUUGGUAUUAUUAACUUUGAAAUACAACUGUUACAUGCCGUGGUGUGUUUGGUGCUGUUUCCUCUGCAAUAUCUGCAAUAAAGAUCUCCUUGUUGCUGU